CAGGGCUUGAGAGUGGGAAGGUACGGAUGCUACGUGUUACUUGUCGAAUAUUGCCAGAUUUCUAUAGGAAUGCAUGAGAAGUAGGCUACACAGAUAGUACUACUGCCUUUGUAGUUGGAACACUGUCCUUUGGCCGGCAGAGAGAGAGAGAGAGAUGAGGCAAGAAGCAGCAGUAGUAAAAAGAAAUGAAGUGAAGAGCAAUGGAGUUGAUGAUGCAUAUGAUUUGAGCAAGUAUGGGUUCGGUGAAUGUGAGAUGGAUUCUGGUUCUGGGGCGUCCAGAUUGUUCUCUCUUUUGGCCUCUAAAGAUCGUGACUUUCUCCUCUCUCCCUCUGGUUCUCAGGUGAAAAUCGCUGAUCUUGAAGGUAAAAUUGUUGGCAUUUACUUCUCUGCUAACUGGUAUCAGCCUUGCCAUAAGUUCACCCCCGUACUGGCCAAUGCUUACGAGCAGCUCAAGAAUUCUGACCCCGGCUUUGAGAUAGUCUUCGUGUCGUCGGACGAGGAUGUCAAUGCCUUUGAUGACUACCGUAGUUCGAUGCCGUGGCUUGCUGUUCCGUUUUCUGAUUUGGAGUUGAAAAGAGCCUUGAGUCGGAGGUUUGAUGUUGAAGGCAUACCUUGCUUGAUUAUUCUGCAACCAAAUAAUUGUAAAGGAGAUUCAAUAGUUAUAGAUGGAGUGGAUCUCAUAUAUCGCUAUGGGGUACAAGCUUAUCCGUUUACAAAAGAGAGGGUCGAGGAGUUGCUCGAGAAGGAGAAGGACAAGCACGAAAAUCAGACUCUCCGCGAUUUGCUGACAAACCACGAAAGAGAUUUUCUCAUCAGUCACAAAAUACCAAAACAGGUGUCGGUGGCUUCAUUAAUCGGGAAGACAAUUGGACUUUAUUUCUCAGCUAAAUGGUGCUUUCCAGGAGUAAAAUUUACACCCAAAUUAGCCUCCAUCUACCAAAAGAUCAACCAAGAAUCGAGCCUCAACAGCCAUCAUCAGGACUUCGAAAUAGUGUUUGUGUCGAGCGACCACGACCAAACAUCUUUUCUGUCAUACUUCCAGACCAUGCCAUGGCUGGCACUACCUUAUGGUGAUCCAAACAUCAAAGCUCUCACUAAACAUUUCGACAUACGAGGAAUCCCCAGCUUGGUUAUUUUAGGCCCUGAUGGAAAAACAGUGACCAAACAAGGAAGAAACCUGUUGAACCUGUACCAAGAAAAUGCGUAUCCAUUUACAGAGGCCAGAGUAGAAUUUCUGGAGAGACAAGCCGAUGAAGCGGCCAAGAAUCUUCCCAAAUCCGAGUUCCAUUCUGGGCACGGUCACAGGCUAACAUUGGUGUCCCAAGGAAAUGGAGGAGGCCCCUUCAUAUGUUGCGACUGUGACGAGCAAGGGUCAGGUUGGGCUUAUCAGUGCAUCGAGUGUGGCUAUGAGGUGCAUCCCAAGUGUGUGAGAGUCGUCGACAACGGCCCUUGACUUAGAGAGGGAAAUACUUGGGGAAUUCUACAUCUCAAACAGAGAUUUUUCUUGUAUAAUAUGGCAGAAUUGUGUGUCUUUUCUUGAUGGUGCCGCUCUAAUGUCAUGUGGGGAUCAGUGUUAACUUUGUCUCACUUGUGUAUUAACAUCGAUGUUUUUCACCCCCGUGUUAUGUGUUACUGCCAAGGAAAGGAAGUUAUGGAUUGAAUCUUUUGUUGUAAAUUUUA